ACUCAUGCACCGGUAACCUCACUGUGUAGCGGGGUCAAUCCGAGCAGGAUCUUUGCGCGCCUCCUCGCCCUCGUACCCGCGCACUCUGUCUUUGGCUCGGUUACGCACUGUGCGCCGCGCUUUUACGCAGGUGUGGAUAUUUUGAAGAUCCAGUGCACACAUGGCUGCGUUAACCUUAUCCAGAGCGGACAAUUUCCUGCACAAUUUCUUACAGGAUCGCACUCCCAGCUCCUCUCCAGAGAGCGGUCCUAACACCCUUUCUUUUUUGGCCACCACAUGCAGUCAGGCUUGGCAGGAGGGGUCACAGCUCCCUUACGAGGGUCCCGUGGGCUCUGCUACCAGCAUGUUUCAGCUCUGGAGCAAUGACGUGUCCCCUAACUCCAGCUUGAGCGCUCACCAGAUGACCUUUACCAUGCCCAAAAUGCAGUUCCCCGGCCACAUGCAGCCCACCCUGGGCUCGCACGCCCAUCACCACCAUCACCACCACCAUCACCACCACGAGCUGCCCCUCACGCCUCCGGCCGAGCCCCCUUCUGCCUACUCGUUCGAGCUGUCUCCGGUAAAGAUGCUCUCCUCCCAGACGCAGGGGAACGCGGCGUACUACGCUCAGCACAACGCUGUGGGUCAGAACUUUCCCAGCUUCCUUCAAAAUGCUUCAGGAAGACCUCACCUGCCCGGCGGGCACGUCGAGGACGGCCAGCAGUGGUGGAGUCUCCCUCAGACUAGCAGCGCACCCUCCAGUCACCCCUUUUCUUUGGGACGGCAGCUGGUUUUGGGCCACCAGCCUCAAAUUGCUGCACUCCUGCAGGGCACCUCAAAGGGUCUGUUGAGCUCCACUCGUCGCUGUCGCAGGUGCAAAUGCCCCAACUGCCAGUCCUCGGGAAACGGAGGUGCUGCUCUAGAGUUCGGGAAGAAAAGACUGCACAUUUGUCACAUUCCAGAUUGUGGCAAAGUUUACAAAAAAACCUCUCACCUGAAGGCGCACCUGCGCUGGCACGCCGGCGAGCGUCCCUUCAUCUGCAACUGGCUCUUCUGCGGGAAGAGCUUCACACGCUCAGAUGAGCUCCAGAGGCAUCUCCGCACGCACACCGGGGAGAAGCGCUUCGGCUGUCAGCAGUGUGGGAAAAGGUUUAUGAGGAGCGAUCAUCUCUCCAAGCAUGUGAAGACCCAUCAGAGCAGGAAGAGCCGGUCCGGUCAGCCCGUUCACGGUGGGACCGAUGCACUGCUAAGCAACAUCAAGAGAGAGUAGAGAAGGCAAAAUGCAAAAGAACUCAAUAUAGUAUCUGGAAUGAGACCAGAGACCUUACAAGGACAUCUGAGGUUUUUUAACAGAUAUUCCAAACAGCAAUAGGGACAUGGGCCUGUUUCCAUUUGAAAACACUGGAGCGAACGCACACGAUGCUGCACCGAAACCAACCUUUGAGAUUUUAAAGAGACUUUCGGUCACAGCAGAAGUUCUCUCAUUGUGAUAGAUCUAAUACAAGUGACAAUUUGGUAUGUCUCUGGAUGCAAAGACUUCUCUUGACCAAACUUUGCCCUUGCACAUUUAUUUAAAGAUUUUAAAUCAAAAGCUACAGAAGUUUCUUUGAACAGCACAAUGACAAGUAUUUGUUACUUGGUGGAACUGUCAUUUGUUUACAUUUUGUUGUUGCUUUGUUUUAGGGGGAAUUGAUGCCUUAUGUUGAAAUCAUAAAUUCUAGUUGCAAAAUUUGCAGAGAAACUUCGUAUCAGUUGAAAUCUUAAUCCCUAUAGUUUCAAAACACGAACCACAUGUAUAUAAUGUUUAUACAGUGCACAGUUCUAUGAAGACCAGCAUGUGAAAUAUUAAUAAACAUGAAUAACUUUGCAAAUCAAAAUCUUGUGGUUUGUUUUGUUCAUUGCUUCUUAGCACAAAAAAAUCCGUGUAAUACCUUGUCAAGUUUGUUUAAACAGAUGUGUGAAGUUCAGCAAAUGGCUAAUGUUAAAUCUAACGCAGUGUGUCGAACCUCAGCGUUUAGCAUUUAUUCAAAUGUUAAUGUAAUGGCAUUCAGGAUGCUAAUUUAAGAUGGCCAUUGUUUCUAAGGUGUCGAGGAAGCACUUAAAGGACGGACAAAUGAUUGGAGAGUCUUCAGACAUUUUACAGUUGUCAGUAAAGUCGGGC